AUGGCGACUCUCGGCGCGUCGCCGCCGCCGCGCGCGACGCGCGGCGCCACCGCCGCGCGCGCCUCGAGCGCGUCGCGCGGCGAUUCGAACCGCGCGGCCCUGCGCCGCGCGCGCGUCGUCCUCUGGGACGUCGACGGGACGCUCGCCGACAGCACCGAGCUGGGCUUCAGCUCGACCAACAAAGUCCUGCGCGACGCCGCGCUGCGCGAGAUCACGCGCGACGAGUACCUGCGCGGGACGCGCUAUACCACGCCCCGUCGCCUCGCGUGGCACGCGACGAAGAACGCGGACGACGCGUGCGGAGAGGCGCUCGGCGCGGCGUUCGACGACGCAUACGUGGCGCUCGUGACGACGACGACGGCGGGAUUUUACCCCGGAAUCGCCCGCAUCGUCGUGCGAUUGCGCGAAGAGGGGAGAAAACAGGCGGUGCUGAGUAACGCGUGCGGGGCGUACGCGCGGGCGGUGAUCGCGGCGAACGAAUGCGUGGAUGUGAUGGCGCGCGUGUACGGCGCCGACGACGUGCCGCGAGCGAAGCCAGAGCCGGAUGGGUUGGUUCAAAUCGCGCGCGAGCUCGGCCUCGACGGCAUCGAUCGAUCGAUGGCGUACGUCGGGGACGCACCGAGCGACGGUGCGGCGGCGAAGUCGGCUGGGAUGUUGGCGGUGGGCGUGAAUUGGGGGUCGCACGAUUUGCGCGAAGAAGCCAACGCGCGAAAUUUCCACGUCGUCUUCGACACGGUCGAAGAGCUCGCGGCGUCGCUCUUCGACGACUGA